CUUUGACAGCACGUGUCAAAAAUUUUUCGACCGGUAAAAUCGCAUGGAUUUUUUUUUGUGUUGGUAAAGUGAUGUGAAAGAAUCGUGUUAUCAACCAAAAUAUCACGUUUCCGAAUAUAUAUUUCUUGUUUUUCAACAAGGGUGUUGCUGGAACAGAGCUAUGCAUAAUAUGAAAUCAGAAGGACCAUACCUGCAUACCAAUGGCGGCCACAACCCUGAAAAAGUCUGUAUUCUGGAUGCAGGUGCCCAGUAUGGGAAGGUUAUAGACAGAAAAGUAAGGGAGCUAAACGUGGAAUCGGAUAUAUUACCAUUGGACACCCCUGCAUUCAACAUUAAAGAAUCCUCCUACAAGGCGAUCAUCAUCUCUGGAGGCCCCAGUUCGGUGUAUGCCGAAGACGCUCCCAGAUAUGAUGCGGACAUUUUUAGGAUAGGAAUUCCAGUUUUAGGUAUCUGUUACGGUAUGCAGAUGAUGAACAAAGAAUUUGGCGGCACAGUUUUAAGGAAAGAAAGCAGAGAAGACGGUCAAUUCCCUGUAGAGAUUAAUACAAAGUGUUUACUUUUUAAAGGUUUAGAUAAAACCCAGGAUGUAUUAUUGACUCACGGGGACUCCAUAGACAAAGUAGCAGAUAGCUUUAAACCAAUCGCCCAGUCUCAGGCAUUCAUAGCAGGAAUUAGUAAUGAAAAGUUAAAUUUAUAUGGGCUACAGUUUCAUCCAGAGGUGGACUUAACUACAAAUGGCAAACAAAUGUUAAGGAAUUUCUUAGUAGAUAUUUGUGGUCUCACUGGAAACUUCACAAUCCAAGGCAGAGAAGAACAGUGCCUCAAAUACAUUAAAGACACAGUGGGGACAAAUAAGGUGCUUCUUUUAGUGUCAGGAGGAGUUGACAGUACAGUAUGUGCAGCUCUAUUCCAUAAGGCCCUGAGUCCGGAACAAGUGAUUGCGAUUCACAUAGACAAUGGAUUCAUGAGGAAAAAUGAGAGUGCGAAAGUGCACGACUCGUUGCAAAAGUUGGGGCUCAAUUUACGAGUUAUUAAGGCCGCUCACACGUUUAGCGAGGGUAGCACUGUAGUUCCUAUAGAUAAGGAAGGUAAUGCAAGAACUAGAGUAACAAAAAUGCUUUGCCACACGAUAAACCCGGAAGAAAAGAGAAAAAUCAUAGGGGACAUUUUCGUAAAAAUAUCCGACGAAAUUAUCGCCGACCUUAAAUUGAAACCGGAAGAAGUUUUAUUGGGACAAGGAACUUUAAGGCCGGAUCUUAUAGAAUCCGCAUCAUGUUUAGCAUCUGGAAAAGCCGACACCAUAAAAACUCACCAUAACGACUCGGGAUUAAUUAGGAAACUAAGGGAGGAAGGUCGGGUGGUGGAGCCCUUAAAAGAUUUUCAUAAAGACGAGGUAAGAGCAAUAGGCAGAGAUCUAGGUUUGCCCCCUGAACUAGUCAUGCGCCACCCGUUUCCAGGACCGGGCUUGGCCAUCAGAGUACUCUGUGCAGAAGAACCGUAUAUGGAAAGAGAUUUCUCGGAAACGCAGGUUUUGGUGAAAAUCCUCGUGGAGUUUGAUCAGAUGUUUCAGAAGAAACAUGCGUUGCUCAAUCGGGUAGAAGCAGUCACCACUGACGAAGAAAGAGCCACCUUGAAACGGAUAUCCUGUAAACAACGGCUGGCCGCCACUCUAUUACCAAUCAGAACGGUCGGUGUUCAAGGUGACAGGCGCACUUACUCGUACGCGGUGGGCGUGUCUAGCGAACGCGAUCCCGAUUGGUCCGACAUAGUGUUCCUCGCCCGAUUGAUGCCGCGUGUCUGCCGUAAUGUCAACAGGGUGUGUUACGUGUUCGGGGGCGUAGUCAAGGAACCCGUACCCGACGUCACGCCCACCUUUUUGACCAGUAAUGUGCUCGCAACGCUGCGCCAAUGCGAUGAUGUCGCCAUGAACGUGCUGCAGAACUCGGGUCACAUGACCUCGGUGAGUCAGAUGGCUGUGAUCCUGAUCCCGCUGCAUUUCGACCGCGACCAGGCCCUCCGGAUCCCCUCGUGUCAGCGAUCGGUCGUGAUUCGGCCCUUCUGCACGCAGGACUUCAUGACCGGGACCGCGGCCAUUCCUAGUCGCGAGUUGCCAAUUGAGGUGGUACAAAAAAUGGUACAAGAAGUAGAAAAAGUGCCGGGCAUCUCCCGAGUUCUUUACGACUUAACAGCAAAACCGCCCGGCACGACCGAAUGGGAAUGAUCGGAAUCGGCACUGAAACGAUCGGGUUUUUUAUUAUUAAUAGUUCCAUUAUUAAAAACGCUGCUCCCGAAGUGGCCCGAAAUCAUCUCGGAUCUUUAUUACAAUAUGAAACCGUUUUAUUUUUUAAAAAAAGGCACCGCAUAGUUUUUCUCUUCAAUAACUAGUCAAUAAACGAGCCGAGAUGUUUUCACGUACACACACUGCGAAAUCUGUUAUCUGUUGAUAAGUUUUAAAUGAAGUGCAGGUUUUGCGGCAUACUGAUUAUAAUUAGUUAUUUUAACAAAAAUUCCCAGUUAUUUUAUAUAAUUUAUAUAUUUUGUUAGAAGACGUGCGCUGUCGAUUUUUAUUCUUUAUAUUAUGAUUAUAUAUAAUUGUCACAUUCUCUUGUAUAAUUUAAUUUCAUUAGCAUAUUAAUAAUUUCUCUGUAUAGUCGCUAUAAAAUAUAUUUUGGUCACAUUGUUAUAUUAUAAUAUAAUUUUACUUUAUUCGGAGGAGGCCGGGAUUUUUGACCAGCCCUCAUAUGAAAAAUUGACAGCAAAUUGUCAAUAAGUAUGUUGCAUUCAAGAAGUGCGUGCGAUUACUUCAAAAGUAAGCUUUUUAUUGUAUUAUUUAGUUAUUUUUCUUGAAAAAAAAAAUAAUGCGUGAAAAUGUAAUUACGUAUAGAAUAACGGUAUUGUUAUAAAAAAUAUAAAAUAAUUUAUUUCCCAUCGUGUGCGAAUACAUUGAAUGGCUAAGAGGAAUUAUCGAGGUUUUUAUUACAGUAUUGAAUUGAGUAGAGAGCCAUUGCGUAAACUAAGGAAUAGAAUUUUAAUCUUUUUUACUUUAAGGGGCUUUACCAGUGUGAACGUUGAUUAUUUGGGUGAUUUUGGGUAGAAAGAAACGUCAUAAAACAUAUUUCAACUAAAUUCUUUAUUUUUUUUUAGCAUUUUUAAAAAUGCGCUCUUUGCUGAAUGGGUAACUGCAAGAAAAAUAUCAUUAAGCUAGAAGGAUUUCUUAGUAAAGUCACUUAGAAUAUUUAAAAAUCUCAAAAUUUAAGAUAAUAGCGUAGUUAUCAAAAAAUUAUUCAAUCAAGUACCAAUAAAACUACAUAUAUUUUACAAAAAAAAUGAAUGAGGCGCUAAGGAACAAAAGUAUAGAGACAACUAUGAAAAAUAUAUUUUUGUUUAACAAAUCCGCUGAAAUACAUCAAACAAAAGAAAUAUCAAUUGGAAUACUUUCUAUUUCUUAUUUGUCUAUACAAAUUGUUCCCGCAUAUUCUCAAUGGGAUUGAAAUUAGAGAACUGUGACGUCCAAUACAGCUAUUUGUUCUGAAAAAUCCUUUAGCCAGCUUAGAGGUGUAUUUCAGGUCAUUAUGUUUUUUAUCUAUUCAUUUCAAUAAACAAUUCAAUGUAACGGAAUUAUCAGAUAAAUAAUUAUACAAGGUCUUUUCCUAUACAGGGUGUCCCGAAAUUAUAUCGCAAUAUUUUACCAGCAACGAUGCACUUUUGAACCAUACUGUAUAUGGACUUUUUGUCUUAUUUUUAGACAAAGAUGCGGCUGGUAAAAUAUUGCGAUGUAAUUUCGGGACACCCUGUAUAUUGACCCCCUCUCUACAGGGGUUAGGUGUAAAGUAAGCAAACAAAUUUUAUACAAAACUUUUGGGGUUUUAGUUAUAAUUUUUAAAUCCGAUGUCAAUAAUUUUUUUUCUCUUUUAGAAAUGUCAAAUUUUGAAACAUGGUCAGUUUUUUUUAUAGAACACCCUGUAUAUGACUUCAUAGUUAAAAAGAGAGGAAUUUUCGGAUUUCCAAUAUACAGGGCGUUCGGUACAUAAACCGACAAGAACUUUUGGCAUAUUCUUGGGGUCAUUUGAAAGCUUUUUACCCAAAUACCUUGAGUCCUAAAAGAUACUGCUAUGAAGCAUAUAUAUGCAUUUUUUUAUGUUUUUUUUUUCUCAAAUUACUUAACCCUUUCUAUCCCGGGCCUUAAUUUGCAUGUUGGUCCCUCAAUCCCAAAGGUUUUUUCAUGCUUAGAGUCCCAUUGCCUUAUAUAAGUUUUGAAAUGAAUAAAAGAAUGUUUCCUUUUUUUCAAUAAAAAAUUUAAUAUGUUAAAAUAUAAAAACUGUUAAACUGUAAGUAAAAAAAAUAUGAAUACAAAAUUGAGUCGAUCUUGCGACUUAGACGAUACAGUCAAAUCUGAUUAUUUAAAAGUUCACACACAAGCACAAAAACGUUUUUCGGUCGAAUGGGUGAACCAGUGGCGUAACGUAAGAUAUAUACGUCGCAUAUAAAUAAACAAAUAAAUGACCAAACAACGUUUUUUUAAUGAGCUUUUUUUAACAAACUUAAACGGUUUCUUUUCAAAAGUACUCAGAGAGUAGAAACAACUUAAAACAAAAUGUUAUGUAAAUUCGACACAUCGCUUCACUUUCUUAUCAGGAACUGAACUAGGAAAAUGUCGCCCUUUGAGCCUUUGAGGAUUCUUGGUGAAAUGAUUUAUACUUCUGUGUUUUUCAUGUUUAUGUCUGAAACAAGAUUAAGAAAUAAGUGCACAAUAAAAAAAAAUUAUUACAAACUUACCUAUCAAAAAGUGCCCCUAUAAUGGUAAGUUUGUAAUCUGCAAGAGGUAGCCUUUCUGAAGAUUGGGUCAAAUAGAGUGCAUGUGCGUUAAGAAGAGACAGAUCAACCAUGUGGAAAAAUAGCUUUUUAUACCAUUUUGUGGUCUUUCUUACACAUUCCGUGGAGCUCAACAUCAUAUCUGAUCGAUCUAUUGCACCCAUAUUUUCGUUUCGUUCGUAAUUUAUAACAACCGCUGGUUUUUGUAUGGACUUUUUGGUCUUGAAAUCUACUUUGUCUAACAUUACCAUGCGAUCUUCAUGAAAAGUAGUCAGCAUUAUAACAUCACACCUAUCCUUCCAUUUCACGCAAAGCAGAUUUUCGCACACAUCGAGAUAGAUUCGCCUAGAUAAUUUUUGAGUUAAAUUGGGCAUCUCUUUACGAUUAGCACGGACUGUCCCGCAGGAAUUAGUCUUAUGUUUAUGCAGGUAUGUAUACAAAGUAGGGCUAGUAUACCAGUUGCUGUAUACAGGUUAUGGCCCUUAUUCAAAUAUGGUUCCAUAAGAUUUGCUACUACUGAGCCUGAUAUUCCAAGAUCUUGGAACAGAGUUAUAUUUGUCGAUUUUUCAGUAUAUUAUGUAACACCUAAUACAUAUCCUGUCUCGCAGUCACAUAUUAGAAAAAGUUUUAUUCCAAAACGAUGGCGUUUGGUCUUUAUGUACUGUUUAAAUCUCAAACGCCCCUUAAAAAGAACUAAGCUCUCGUCCUCGUAUAGCAAGAUUUUUAAAUGAAGUGAAGUACUUUUGGAAGUGUGUUGUAAUUUUAUUGAGCACUGUUCGCAGUUUGUGAAAAGACUGUUUUUGUUUUAGGGCCAAAUUAUCUUGAAUCGCUUCAGGUGACUUAUUAUUUGUGUUUCUGUUUUCACCAUCAACGGGAUUUUCUUCGUCAGAUAACUCAUUAUUGCUAUUUUCGACCUCGUCAUAUAUAACUUCAUUUAUCUCGUCACCUUCAUCCGAAUCGGGAUAAUACUCACUGCCACUAGAGACAUAUGGCUCUUCAUCGGAGUCUAACAUCUCCAACAUAUCGUCCUAUUCCUGUUUUGAUAGCCCAAAAAAGUCUCCACACUGAUCAUACCUUUUACGCUUAGAACCACGUGCUUUACUCAUAUUACGCGCGCGAUUGCGACUGUUGUGCCCGAAAUUAUUUUUAAAACUGAAUUCUCAACACGCGAAAUCGUUCAACCGACCUGCAACUUCACCUUCCAACUAUGCAUGUAACAGCGUUGCCACCAGUGCUAAAAUAUAGCAUAUCUAAAAUAAGUGAACAAAUAUAUACGGCAGUGGGUCCGCAUGACCUGUCUUAGACUCAACAUUUUGCGGCUUUGGGAACAAUAAUCUAACAUUUUGGGACAUAUUUCUACGGCAUUGGGACACCAAUGGGUUUCAAAUUUUAUAAGCAACGCAUAUUUUCGGCUUUGAUAAAUUGAGACCAUAACACCUUGAACGUAUAUAUACGGCGGCUGGGACUACAGACCCACUUUUUAAAAAACAUAUAUAUGCGGCAUUGGGACAAAAAGGGUUAAAAUGUCGCCUAUAACUUUUUAACGAAUUACGAUUUUAAAAAAAUAAUAUUCCCGAAUCUAUGGUAUUUAAAUAGUUAACAGUUUUUGUUUCGACUGAUUGUCCUAAAAGGACAUACGGGGUUUUUUAUUUAACAGUCAGUAAUUGAAAAAAAAUCAACGUCAAAAUUUAAUUAAAAAAAAAGUAGCAGGAAUUAGGAGCUUCAUUUCAUUUUAAUAAAUUUGCUAAUUAUUGACCAUUCUGACGGUUUGCUUAUUAUUAAUAAAAAAAUGUAUGGUUCAAAAAAUACAGUAUUCUGUAACAAGAGCGGAAAUCGAUCAGAAUUAAAAAAAAAAACAACUAUGGUUUUUGACCGUUUAUUUAAUGAAAAGUUUAACUAAAAACAAUCAUUAAAUAUCUAAAUAACUAUUUUUUUGUUAUAAAUUUUGUUCGAACUGUUGUCCUCUAUUCCUAAUGCAGGCUCGACAUCUCUUUCGUACUUCAACAGUUACAGUAAAUAAGCGCAUUUCUUCUCGUAUUGUUCUAAAAGCGGUGUUUAACCUUUCGAUCAAUACCUCUCUCGUAGGCCCGCCCCCAGACGUAAAAGUCUAAGGGAGUUAGGUCUGGAGAUCGGGCCGCCUCUGCCUAGUCACGAGUUCGGAAAGGUGUUGUCCAGGUGGUCUCUAGCUUCUCUUUGAAAUUGUGCCGAGCAACCGCCGUGCUGGAAGACAAUGGGAAGGUCUUCAUUAAACACUGGGAUUUCCAUUAAAAGCUCCGGCAACGCGGGUUGUAGGAAUGUGGUCCGAUAAGAUGUCUCCUUAUUUCUCCAGCCCACGCAUUAACGCUAAAUUUAUGCUGGAACGAAGUUUGUCUCAUGAUGUGUAAAUUACUAGAGUAAGGGCAACAAGUAUGGAAUACUUAGAAAACUAAACUAAAUACUAAAUCUAUUGGCAGAAAUCGCAAAUAUAUAUGACAGAUACAUAUGAGGUACAUUGCAAAUGACACCAUGAGUUGCAGGAUUUGCACUGUAUCCACUGUUUCUCGGAUUUUUUGCUUUCCAAAAACUUCCCACCACAAAACAAGCACUCUGGAUUAUCAGAAACAUCCGGAACUUUUUUCGCCAGUACAUAAUGAAUCAUCUGAGUCAUCAUCUGCAAAGUCUUCUUCAGAAGAGCUACUUGAUUUUUCUGUAAACUUAUUUUUUAACUUUUAUUAAACUGUAUCCCAAAUUUUUUGUCUUACGCUUAGCUUGACUUCUUGAUGAGAUGGCUGUUGACGUGCUGGGAGUAUCAGAAUCAGUCAAGCUUGUUUUACUCUGCCCAAUUUGUUUUUUAACUUAAAGUUUUGAUGUAGUUGAAACAGAUGCUUUUGCGAAUGAUUCCAAUUCUGUUUUGUAGGGUGACGCAGUUAUUACGGCAGUAUUACAAAUGAUUGGGACAGGCGAGACCAUCUCAGGAGUUACAAUAUUUGUUCGUGGCGUCGGAUUUUCAGUAUCUUGAGGUACUGGAAGAGGGACAACAGAACCAUUAACAGCAAUCUCACCACGCUGAACUCUUAAAUAAACCUUGCCGAAAAUUUCCAUCGCAUCAAAUGCAGUUACUGGUCUGGCAUUUUGUCGUACCCACGUAAUCUCCUCACUGUAAUGAGCUUUGAAUGGUUGCAUAAAAGAUUUGUCAAGGGGCUGAAGUUUAUGUGUUGAAUGUGGCGGUAAGCACACAAUCGUAACAUUAUUUUCUCUGGCCAUAUUAACGACAUCAAUAUUGCGAGUAUGCGAGUAAUGACCGUCUAAUACGAGCAUAACUGGAGAUUCAGAUGUAGGCUUUACUGUCGCUACAAAGUGUUUAAACCAUUUUGUAAAAAUGUUAUUUUGUAUCUGAUGGAUGACAUUCGAACUUUGUUCCAGGUGGAGCCCCCUUUGUAAGCUGCGGGCUUAAGUUUUUUCUGGGGAAUAUAACUAAGGGUGGAACAAAAUUGCCCCCUGUACUCAUACAAAAUACUACUGUAAUUAGUGAGCCUCGUUCUGCGGAAGUCAUGCUACCAAUUUGUCGUUUACCUUUACGUGCAAUUACUUCUGGUAUCUUUGAAGGCACUAUUGAGAGACCACUUUCGUCAACGUUGAAAACGCGGUCUGCUGAAUAGUUAUGUUUUUCAUAUUCAUUCGUUAAGAUAGUAAAAAAUGACUGAACUUUUCCUUUGGAAAAGCCCUUGGCUCUAGCAAAAGAUGUGCCUGUAGGUCUUCUAAAUGACAAUGUAUCUGAGUGCCGUCUCAUAAACAGCCUAAACCAGCCUUUUCCAGCUGUUUCUUUGCCAAAAAGAAAACAAAACACAAACAGAUUUGGCAGAUUAUUUUUAACCGCAAGCUGAUUGCUAUAUUCCUUAUGUCGUUUCUGGUUAAACCAAAAUACUUACUUUCCAUAUGAAGUAAGUAGAAGAUGAACUUAUAAGGUUCAUCUUCUAGUUCUUUUGUAAGCACUGUUGGUCGACCUAGUUUUGUUUCAGCAGAGAUAUUUGGAUCUUCAUUUUUCUGACAGUGUCUAAAAAGGGUUGUUCUGGGAACAUUGUAAGAUUUGUCUGCCUGCAGGUAUCCCAUUUUCUGUUCCUUAACAGCACAAAUUGCUUGUAUCAUAUCAUUUCUUUCUUAACAUUUUCUUUUUCGACUACCUUUUGACGCGAUACUGAAAUUAAAAAAAAAAGUUCUAUUUCAUCAUAUAAAAAUUGGGGUUUCUAAUGCAGAGUACAAGCACAAGACUUAAUAGGUUUACAAUGGCCUCUAUUCUGUUUAUUACUUUUUUUGCUUUUUUAGUUACAAUAAUUGUUAUUGAUAUAUUAUUUAGUAUAAAAGCAAAUUUAGAAAUGCUUUUAUAGCAACAAAAUAUCACUAUUUUAGUAUUCUUAAUGGGAUACUAAUAUGGAAUACUAUUCCAUAUUUGUGGCUCAAAAAAUUCCAUAUUAGUGACCCUCAUAACCUAAUCUUAUAAUAUUCUAAAAAAAUAUUUCUAUGUUAAAAAACAAACUUACCUAAAAACUAUUGUAAACUAUGAUGUUUGAACUGUCACAAAUACACAAGUUUGAAUAAAAAAUAAGUAUUUUAUCGCUAACACACGGAAACAGCAAGAUCUGCAAAACUUUUAUGAUGCCGCAAAAAAAAACCAUCCAUGGUGAGCCAACAAAACAAAUUAGAGACGGACCGAUCGAAAAAAAAAUCUUAGAUGAAUGCACUUCGACACUUUCAACGUGCAAUUAAUAGAGGGCGCUGGCUACUUUUUCUGGUUUACAAUUAUUCCAUAUUACUGACCUACUCCAUAUUUGUCGCCCUUACUCUACCUUUUGUUUCCCACUGGUACAAAUUAUGUAAUCGUAAUACCCUCGCGGUUAAAAAACGAUUCGUACGUCCAUAAAUUCGUUUCAAAAAUUCUCCAUCGUCUACAUCUGUGUGCAUUAAAAACCGACAGAAUUCCAUUCGUCUGACGGGAUCACCUUCUGCAAGACUUGUAACAGUAACCAACAAAUUAAAUGUUUCAGUCUUCCAAUCAGUUUUGUAUUUUAUUGUUUGCCUAACUAAGUACAGGGUGUCCCAAAUUCGAGGGUGACCAUUGGAAUCUCGAAAAUCAUAAUAGUUACAGGGUAGGUUAAAUAGAGGCAAAGUUGCGUAAUUUAGAGCUUAAUAAAAAGACUUUUAAAAAAAAAUUAAAAUUCCGGAUACUCAGUUAUCCGAAAAAAAUCGAAAAUUCUCAAAAUUUUCGUUUUUACCUUCUACCGACUUUAUUUAAAGAGACAUCGGAAAACUAAAAACAGUUUUUCAUUGUCACUUUUUAUGUCCUACAACAUGACGCAAAAAAAAAUAAUCUGACGUUUCGUUUUUUUCGAUCAUCAUCAACUUUAUUUUUCUUACGGGUGCCGUAUUGGAUUUUCUCAUUUUUCAUUUUUUUUGUAAUUUCUGGAUGACAUCUUGGUGCUGAGGGGAUUUUCUUUAAAGGAUGGGUUGCAAAAGGUUUAGAGGAAGAAAAAGAGUUGACCGUAAAAGUUCGAGACGAGACCAAGAUUUCGGCCCCGCCCCACCUCCCCAAGAUAAAAUGGACCGUUCAGUUCUCCGCUGGACCAUUCAAAAGUAAACUUACGUGUACUACCUCUCGCUAUAACACACCUCACCACGGCGUAUUAAACAAAGCGUUUUGCUUUGCAAGCCAAGAUAUUUGAUUUCGUUUUUUCAGGGAAUCGUUUUCCCCUAAACGACCGAUCGAUUUUUCGGACGUUGCACACUGGUAUAGGCCUUUAAUAAGUUUCUGAAGUCAAUCGUCGCGUCUGGCCUCAAGAAAGAAUUAAAAAUACUGUCGUAAAAAACAUCGAUAAUUAUUAUUCUUCACAUCUAAUAAUAAAAUUUUUACACUACUCUUUUUUAUUGUUUUCAUGUUGUCAACUUUUUUGUUUAAUAUAGUCAGAAAUGAUUCUAAUUAAA